AUGCGCCGGGAAACUGGCAAUCCGAUAAGCUCCGCCACGAUCGUUUCUUGUUAUAAAGCCUUUUGGGAUGUAUGCGUCUCUUACUUAACGCGCAUCCUGCUAGCUCAUGCAAGGUGCUACUCGCUAGCACCUUGCUUGGGCCAGUGGUUCAUCUCUGGCCCGCUUGUAGAAAUCUUCAUGCAUUGUGCGGAAAAAAAAGUCUACCACGUAGACUCACAUUUUAAUAAUAUACUGAUAAAUCCCAAAACAGGAGAGAUAAAACUGAUUGACUUCAACCAAGUUGCUAUCGCUGAGGAUAUCCAUAUGAAGGCGCGCAAAUUUGCAGACAAUAUAUUCGGCUCUAUCCCCCCAGAAGCUCAUAAACAUGUAAAACCGUCCAAACUUAUGGUCUGGAUUCUUGGACAACAUUUGUAUACUCUGUUAACGAACAAAUGGCCGUCCGCCGACCUGGAUGCAAGCCCCCCAAAGAAGUUUCCUUCCAGAACUUCAAAAGGGCUAAGGGAAUUAAUAACGAAGUGUAUGGCGUUGGAAAUUGACCGCCGGCCUACUUUUCAAGAAGUACUGGGCGACUUUUGGUUGCGUGAUACUCCAGAAAUCCCGAAGGAUUUAACCUCAAUAAAAAGCGACGCGAACUCGGGACUUCCAGAAGGGAGUUCAUUUUGUCCGGAUUAUGACCCUUCAUCAAGAAAUGCGAAACCACUAGAAGAAGUUUUUGAUCUUUGA